AUGCUUGUUUUAGGCAUCUAUGGAUUCAUUGAAACGUUAGCUCAUGGGAUUUUAACAUCUUCAUUGUUUCUGGUCUUGCAGCUGAAGUAUAAUCUUGAAUCAGGGAAACAAAUACAAGUGCUGCCUGAGGAUGGUCACUGGAAUAUGAUCGACAAGAAAAUGAUCAAUGGUGGCAGCGUAACAUCCUGGACAUGUGUCAGCUUCUCAAGGACUAAGUUAUCGUCGCAGCCAGAGGAGUUCUGCAAAUCACUGAUUAGAAUGUGUCGCUGUUUAGGAAUGAAGUUCAACAACGAUCCUUUGGUUCCUAUUCGCUCAGCUGAUGCUGGUCAAAUAGAGGAAACUCUGGUCGGUAUCGUUGAAGAGUCUGGGAAGACACCUCUUCAGCUUUUAAUUGUGAUUCUACCAAAGGAUUCAGGAUAUUAUGGAGAGAUCAAAACUAUAUGUGAAACUAGACUUGGUCUUGUUUCCCAAUGCUGUCAGUCAAAGAAAGCAUUUUCCAAAGAUACAGAGUUUAUUGAGCGGUACCUUGAGUACUUAGCACUGAAGAUAAACGUCAAGGUAGGUGGAAGAAACUUCGUAUUGCAGCACGCAAUACUGGCUCUCACUGCUGUCCCAACUAUUGUCUUUGGUUCUGAUGUGUCACAUCCUUCACCAGGAGAUGUUUGUAGUCCAUCCAUAGCUGCAAUGGUCGCGUCUAUGGAUUGGCCAGAGCUUACUAAAUAUAGGAGUGUGGUUUCUGCACAGAGCAGUAGGCAAGAGAUCAUUAUGGACCUGUACAAAGAAGACACAAAUGAUGGAAAGACUGUUGGUGCUGGAAUGAUUAGGGAAUUGCUACUUGCUUUUAAAGAGUCUACAGGGAUAUGUCCUCAAAGAAUAAUCUUCUAUAGAGAUGGAGUGGGAGAAAGUCAGUUCAGUGAGGUUUUGGAAAAAGAAGUAGCUGCUAUUCGCAUGGCAUGUAAAUCACUCGGCGAAACGUAUAAGCCCCGACUUACCUUUGUGGUAGUACAGAAAAGACACCAGACACGUCUUUUUCCGGCUGAUGAGAAGUUGAUACCCAAGAGUGGAAACAUUUUGCCAGGUACCGUAGUAGAUACCAAGAUUUGCCACCCUAUGGAGUUUGAUUUUUAUCUGUGCAGCCAUGGUUCCAUGGAGGGUACUAGUCAUCCCGCGCAUUACCACGUCUUAUGCGAUGAUAAUGGAUUCGAUGCAGAAACCAUUCAGGAUUUAACAUACCACUUGUGUUACAGGGAUGCAAGGUGCACAUCAUCGCUUGCCAUCGUGGCACCAGCUUAUUAUGCCCACUUAGCUGCUGGUCGUGCACGUUAUUAUGUUGACAAGGCGGGGAUCAUGAGUCUUCCUAAGAUUAAAAAGCAAAGUGAAAUAAUGUAUUAUUGCUGAGUGGUAGCUAAUAAAUGGACUUGAUCCAUCUAUUAUAGCUUCACUCCCAAUAUUUGUUUACAAGCAAAGUGAUGACCAUGACACGGAUGAGGCAAUUACUAAUCCGAUUGAGUGUUCAGUUUGUUUGAGUAUUCUUGAAAAUGGUGAAAUUGCUAGGAUUUUUGCCUGAUUGCAAA